AUGAUCUCAAACUGCAAAUUGAUAUUGUUGCUGACCACCAAAGAUCAAAUGACUAUCAUGAUUGAGAGCAGCCGAACGUUCUUGUUUACGGAAUAUGCCCGCUCCGGCUGCGGGACAUUCAAAGACCAAGGCACGGACCCUAAGGUGUGGGACGCACUGCCGGGGAUUCUCAAGCAAGUCAAGGCGGACAACGAGGCUCGCAGGGAGAGGCUAGAGACCUUCUACGAUGACGAUCGUCUGGCAGAGCUUGUUCGUCGGUGA